CCGAAGGAUGAGAAAUAGACUACGUACAAGAAGAACCUCGUUGAGCUUUACAAAUUGGAGGAUAACAAGUACUCCAUCAAGGACCUUGAAACGAUGACUCAAGAUGAAGAUGAGAGCGUACGGUCAUUUGGGAUGCGUUUCCAGAAGAUCUCUGACGUGCUGAUGAAGAAGAGGAAGAUCUUAGAGAUCGAGCGUUGUACUAUCUUCAUCGGACACCUGUCCAAAGGUAGACAAAAGAGUGUACUUAGAGAUCUUCCGCGCGACAAGCUUGACUUCCCAGAAGUCCUAAAGCUCACGAUAAAGGCAGAGGCAGACGACUACAAGGACUUGGUGUGGAGAGGGAUGAGGAGACGUGACUUUUCUCUCUACAAGGAGUAUGCCACCGAUAGAUGUCCUGAUUUCAAGGACCAUCCCUGGUCGGAGAAAAAUGAAGUCGUCGCCGAGGAAGUGAAGGAGAUAAGGGACAUGGUAAAGGGAUUGACAAGACAGGUUACAGAGAUUGUGACCACCACAGGACCCACGACAUACCAAGACAAGCCCGGAGGACCUUAUUCACUUCGCUGGGACCGGAGGAACACUGAUUCCUGGAGGAGUGUCGAGGAUAGAAAUCCUCGAACGCUGACUGAUUAUCGUGCAAGGGAAAGGGAGAGAGACGAUGAGUCAUGGCAACGUAGGGAUGAUGAGAUAGACCGCGACUGCAGGACCCGCGAGAUGUAUGGGCGUGCUAGGAGACUGAAUGACUACUCUUGUAGCCCUCGCUAUGAGCCUGACGGGGGUAGAGGUGACUCUCAAGGCCGAUGGGAGUCGGAUCAGGGCCGGCGAGAUGGAUACAGGGAUGGUAGGUAUGAGAGAUUGGACCGGGAUGGACAUAGAGACGAUAGAUAUCAGAGGUCACAUCGAGACGGAUACAGGGAUGGUAGAUAUGAGAGAUCGGACCGCGAUGGACGUAGAGACGACAGAUAUGAGAGGUCGGAUCGAGACAAUUACAGGGGCGGCAGGUAUGAGAGGGGAGAUCGACCCGAUGAUUCACGCGGGCGAUACGACCGAGGAGACCGACGUGAGGAUUCGUGCGGGCGGUACGACCGAGGAGACCGACGUGAUAAUUCACGCGGGCGAUACGACCGAGGAGACCGACGUGAUGAUUCACGCGGGGGAUACGAACACGGAGACCACCGCAAUGAUUCGCGCGGUAGGAAUGAGAGAAGGGGAUAUGGCGCGUCGUCUGAUCCGUAUCCGAAGUCCCCUGACCCAAGAGCAGCGAGAGGUUCGACCUCCAGAGGCAUAGACGACAGGCCACCCACACCCAGGAACUCUUGCGUCUACUGUAGAGGAGAUGAUCAUAUCAAGAGAGAUUGCCCGGACCUUCAACGAGCAAUAGAUGAGGGACUUGUCCUGCUUGACGAUCGCAAGUACGUCAAGUGGGCAGAUGAUCUGGGAGAUGUAUCAAUGUUCCCUUCGAUGAAGAAGAAUGUCGAAGCAAGGAGAGUAAAGUCGAGUAAAGGAAAGGAGCCGGUCAGGAGCCAGAGCAUCAAGAUAACUUUUGAGGGGGAUAUGGCGACCACACCCAUAAGGGUGGCAGCCACCAGAUCGGCGAGAGGGUGUACAUCGAAGAAGACUGACACGGAUUACUGCUCUAUUCUAGAAUAUCUGGCGGCAUCCAAGCCGGCUCGCGAUGAGUUACAGAUGAUCACGCGGAAGACUCACAUACCUCUAUCGGAGGAGGCUCAGGGGGCCCCUAAGGCGGAUGCUCCUACUGUAGCAGUAACGGGGGUGACUACCAGAGCGGAUCGCAUGGCGACAGUCCUUCUUGAUGGGAUGGAAGGUGUGCCUCCAGACAAGUUUUACAUACUUGGUAGUGAGGCCGUGGAGACAAUCAUAAACGAUAGAGCGGUACUAGAUGCUGUGAUCGAUAACGGCAGUGAGGCUGUCAUUAUAGACGAGGAUCUGGCAGUACAGGUUGGACUGGGUCUCGAUAGGUCAUACCUAUUCGAGAUAGAGACGGUUGAUGGGAGAAAGCAACAGAUCACCGGGGUUUGCCACAAGGCAGCCAUAGAGGUCCAAGGCGUACGAGUGACGCUGCCGGUCUUUGCAGUCAAGAACUGCAACUCUGAUCUGCUCUUGGGACGAACGUGGUUGAGCCACGUGCAUGCGGUGACGAUAGAGCGAGUGGAUGGGAGCCAGACAUUGUCCAUUAAGAAGCUAGAUGGGACGCGGGUUGUGAUUGAGACGGUGGAGCCUCGGGACCCGAGGAACAGAGCAACUCUCGCUGUGGGUGCAAGACCCAGUGAUCAGAUUAAGUCAUUACCUAUCUCCGGCCGCGCGGUGCGAUUUCGCGAGAAGAAGUACGGACCCCUGCUUACAGAGGAAAAAAGUCGGAUCGUGGAGAUGGAAAAUUUAGGGAGUCGGCUGAUAGUGGACGACAACUCGUACCCAAAGGAGACAGAUGAGGAAUUUGGCGGGGUGGUAUCUGUGUCUUUUUUAAGGGCACGGCCCCCUAUGGGGGACUACUCAAGCGACACAAGAUGGAAAUACGCCCAGAAGGAGAAGGAAGAAGUUAUCGCUUUCCUGAAAGAAAAGAUGGUUUUCCAUGUUGCGGAGCCGUCUGAUAGCGCCUAUGCUAAUCGAUGGUUCAAGUUCCGAUGGAUUCAGGACCUUCAGAAGGUCAACGCGGUGACGAUACGAGACGAACUCGCUAUGCAAGAGCUUAAGGACGAAUUUAAGGAGGGAGGACGCGUACUGGGCGUGCCAUUCUUCGACGAUGAGGCCAAAAGACCCUUCAUAGUAUCCACGGAUGUUGGACCUUGUUUAGUUGGAGGGUUGCUGUCUCAAAAGGACGCUGAAGGGAAGGAAAGACCAUUAAGAUUCGAGAGUAAGACACUUAAUACGGAAGAACGAAACUACAGUCAAUUCAAGAAGGAAGUGUUAGCCGUUCUGCGGUGUCUGGACAUGUUCAGACACUAUAUCUAUGGGCGUCGGUUCACCUUGAGAGUAAAUCCCACAUCGGUUGCCUCUGUCCUCCAGAAGGACUUUAGCCUGACGGACCCGACCAUUGCUCGAUGGCUGAUACGGAUUCGGCUAUAUGAUUACACAGUUGAGAGGAUAUCUAACACUAAAAAUGCCGUGGCAGAUGGGCUUUCGCGCAUCCCUCUUGAGGCCGAGCGCCCGAUAGUAGCUGGGGUCCUGACAUUGGCAGAGCCAAGACGCGCCGAACGAUUUCUGGUUAACCUUUACGAGGGCAAGUACCGAACGAUCGGGCUACACCUGUCAGGAGAGGAGAGUCGAGAAUCAGAUAUCCGGAGACAAGCGGCGCAGUACUGCCUUAGAGCCGGCCAUCUAUUUCGAAGGCCGGUCGACUCGGGGAUGCCCUUACGAGUAGUCUGUGACUCUGAGGAGAGACAGAUGAUAGUUGCGGAGCUUCACAACGGGGUAGUCGGAGGACACAGGGGAGUUAAAAGAACCGACGAAAAGGAACGCAGGUUGUACUGGUGGGAAGGACAGUAUAAGGACGUCGAGAGGUACUGUAUGACCUGCGAGGAAUGCCAGAAGAGAGCUCUUGUGAAAUACAAAGAGCCUCUCCAUCCAUCCUAUCCCACCAGACCAGGAGAGAAGGUACACAUCGAUCUGGUAAAGAUGCCGAAACGAGUAGGCAAUAUGAACUACAUCGUGAAYAUACGAGACGAUUUCACUGGGUUCGUGGACGGUAGACCUAUCAGGAGUAAGACGGCAAAGGAAGUGAAGAACUUCGUCCUGGAGUACUUGUCUAGGUGUGGUUGUGUCAGCAAGAUAGUGAUGGACAGAGGGACGGAGUUUCUAGCUGACGAGGUUCAGAGUGUGUUCAAGAGAGCCGGGGCGAGAGUUUCGAUAGCCACCGCCUAUCACCCAGAGUCGAACUCCCCAGUAGAGAGGGGCCACCAGACUCUGAUAACGUCACUGUCCAAGUGGUGCAAGGGUAAGGACAGUGAUUGGCCACGAUAUUUUCGAUACGCAAUAUGGGCGGUCAACGUCACGGUCCGGGCUAGUACCGGAUACCCACCAUACACCUUGUGGUUUGGGCGGCAUUGUCCGCUUCCCAUAGAGUUUCAUGUUGACAGCUGGACAACCGUCGACUGGGCGAAGGAGAUGUCCAGAGAGGAACACAUAGCUGCCCGAACAAGACAGAUAGCCUACGGUUUGGAAGAUAACCUUAUGACAGCGGCGGAUCGUCUGGCAGUGGAAAGGGACAAAGGUAAAGAGAGAUGGGAUAAGAACGUGAGAAUCAGAAAAGAGAGGGUGAGCGUAGGAGAUAUGCUUCUUCUCUACGACGAAGCGCUGGAAAGGACCUGGACCGGAAAACUCGCCAACAGAUGGAUGGGACCUUACAGAGUGGUUGAGGCACUCGACUAGGGAGCACAUAUGAUAGCAGAAUUGGACGGAUCCAAGUGGAAGGACCCAGUGGCGGGUGCUAGGCUAAAGCUGUUUAGACCCAG